AUGGAUGAGGAAGCACACCGCGUCCUCCACUGCAGCCAUCGAGAAGACAUCCGGCAACAGAGGAACAAACACCAGCAGCUGACAUCAUCACACAGACGCAGACAUGAUGCAUUCUACGACAGACUAAAACCCAUUGGAAUCAAGGAGAGAAAGUACAUCCUAGCACUGAAGAAGAGGGAGUGCUUGAUGAAGGGCUUCCAGUUUGAUGGGCAGAUCAAUGCCUGGGACUUGCCCUACUACAUGAACCAAGUGGAGCAGUGCAAGUUUGCUGUGAACAAAGACAAACUGAUUGAGUAUUUUCCCCUGGAGGUGGUGACAGAAGGGCUGUUUGGUAUCUACAAGGAGCUGCUGGGCCUCACCUUUGAAGAGGUCAAGGGCGCUCACGUUUGGCACGAAGAUGUCAAGCUUUACUCAGCCCACGACUCCGAGACGGGGGAGGAGAUUGGACAGUUCUACCUGGACUUGCACCCAAGGGAAGGGAAGUAUGGCCAUGCUGCUUGCUUUGGCCUCCUGCCAGGAUGCAGAGGACCUGAUGGAAAACGCAGGCUUCCGGUGGCUGCUAUGGUGGCUAACUUUACAAAGCCGAGAAAAGGCUGGCCCUCCCUCCUCCAACACCAUGAAGUGGAGACAUAUUUUCACGAGUUUGGCCACGUGAUGCAUGAGCUCUGCUCCAAGACCACGUUUUCAGAAUUCAGCGGUACUCAGGUGGAAACAGACUUUGUGGAAGUGCCGUCCCAGAUGCUGGAGAACUGGGUUUGGGAGAAGGAGCCACUAAGAAGGAUGUCAAGCCACUACAAGGAUGGGACACCGGUCCCAGAUGAUUUGCUCGACAAACUGAUUGCAUCCAGAGUAGCAAACACGGGUCUGAUGAACCUGCGGCAGGUUGUCCUCAGUAAAGUGGACCAGUCCCUUCACUCCUGUCCAAGUGCAGAUACAGCUCAGGUGUUUGCACAGCACUGCCAGGACAUCCUCGGUAUUCCUGCUACACCUGGUCAGUUCUACUAA